AACGGCCCUUCCGCCUGUUCCUUCAACUUGAUACCUGUGUAUAUUGAGAUACCGAAGAUACUACUUAUGAACGGAAGAUAUCAGCAGCCAACGUGACAAUAACACAAUCGCAAUCUAAAAUACGGUCUUGACAAUGUCACAGAGUACCGCAACCUUGAUAAAGCACUCAAAUCCAAGGUUCUCCGAUGUUCUCUGCCGGCUGCCCAGCAAUAUCCGAGUCUCCAAGACAUCCAUAUCUCAUUGUCCUUUCGAAGCCACAGAAUCACCUCGAAUACAGGAACCCUAGAAUCACUUCAACGAGGCAUUGAAUGAGCACCUGGUCAUCUGUGGCAUUAAUCCGUGGCAAAUGUUGGAAUGCGAUAGAAAGAACUGGGGGACCAGAGUCCUUGCGAGGGCAGUCAGGCGAUCAGUCGACCUGUCAUCGUUGCAGCUGAUCUAAUGUACUAUCGUCUCAGGAAAGUAUGCGAAGAGAUGAUUUGACUAACUUGCCUGUGUUUCUCCUAGUAUGCCUAGUGGCGCUUUCGUAUCCCGAAGUUUGCAGGGCCUGCUCAUUACUUAGAGUGCUGAGUAACCGAUCCGAUUCUAGGCAGCUCUACAAGCAUUUGGUUUUGUCCCGAGAUUCUGCGCCUUGGUAUUCGGGCGUCAAGAGACCACCGGCUGUGAAUGUAUGUGGAAAGAUAUUUGAACGCUCUUGGAAGACUGACUUAUGACUCCUUGGACCUUAGCUUUUUCGGUGUAGUCUGGUGCCCAAACCAUGUAGUGGUGCAUCUUUGUGGAUGUUGAGGAUAUGAAGCGAGCGCAGUGCCAUGUCAAUCUGGGAGGAGGUAGGCGGGUACGGCGUAUACAGCUCAGGGCGGAGGACUGGAUGGACUGAGGCAGCAUGACUGUCGCGGUGAGGGUUUAAAGCACGGUGGUAGACAGGACAGAUCUCCGAGUCGUAUAUUAUGGAAUCAGUUCCAGUUGCCCUCACUGUGCCUUUGAUUUGGUUGAUUGUGUUACGCUUAUAUAUAACAGUAGGAUAGAGGCGUACU